CUAGCUUGGGGGCUUUGCUGCCUUGCUUAGUCGUAAAUUUACGAUACAAUACUUUCAGAUUGUUUUCGAAGCUACUAAUACUGUUUUAUAAAGUUUUAUUUGGUUCUGUUAUUUUUCAUGUAUAAAUCAUGAUGUAUUUCUUUGAGAUCGCUGAAGUUUGCAGGAUAACAAUUCUUGGCGCUAAGAAAACAAUUAAUGAUUCUUGAUGAAAAAUGUGCUUAUUGGAACCUUAUUAGUGUAAGAGAAUUAUUAAAGUUCGAUGUAAAACAGUUAAGUGAUCUAUAAAUCUUAUUAUUAUUAGUUAAAUCAAAAGAAGCAUCAUGAAUGAUGUUCGAGACAAAGUUGUUGCCGGGUCUUCGAGUUGGGAGAACACAACAACGCGAAGCGACUCAUCACCCGAGACCCAAUCAUCGCCCGGCGGCAGUGGGGAGACCCCGCAGACGCCCGGAGCGCCAGCACCAUUGGCUCCACACCUUGCUGCCGACUUACAUCCAGAUCUCAUACAACAAGGCUGGCGCAAGUACUGGUCCAAACGAGAAAACAGGCCGUACUUUUGGAAUAAGCUUUCUGGGGAAUCAAUGUGGGAGUUACCAGCAGUAAAAAGAGAUUUCGACCCUAUCACAGACCCCCUUGGCAUUUGCCACACUGGUCCACCAAAUGCAGGUAAUAUGACACCAAGUGCCAGCAAACGUCGACCUUCAGAGGACAAUGGACCACCUCCUAAAAAGUUCGUUUUGGCAGGGCCUUGGGAUAUAGAGGUUCCAACAAAUGUUGUUAUAUAUGAACGGCCCCCUACAAUAUGCCCUCAUCCUCAUCCAGAAAUAGAAGGUUUCAGAUUUACACUAGCAAACAAACUUCGACAAUGCUAUCAAGAGUUGUGUCAUACCAGGGAGGGUAUAGAUGCUCCAAAGGAUUCAUUUAAUCGGUGGCUUAUGGAGCGUAAAGUGAAUGACCAAGGCGGGUCAGAUCCUCUUUUACCAAGUCACUGCUUUCCAGAAAUAUCCCGUUCCAUGUAUGAGGAAAUCAUGAAUGAUAUACCGAUCAAGCUAACACAUCCUAAAUUCACUGGGGAUGCUCGUAAACAAUUAUCACGUUAUGCUGAAGCUGCCAAAAAAAUGAUAGAGUCCAGGAAUGCAUCACCUGAAAGUCGUAAGGUGGUGAAGUGGAAUGCAGAAGAUACAUUCCAAUGGCUUAGGCGCACUGUUGGAGCUACUUAUGAUGACUUUCAAGACAGACUGGCACAUUUACGAAGACAAUGUCAACCUCAUUUGGCUGAAACAGUCAAGGCUUCUGUGGAAGGCAUUUGUUUGAAGAUAUAUCAUUUAUCUGCAGAGUAUGCUCGGAAAAUACGAGAGAAACAUAGUGCUCUGCUAAAAGAAAAUGGAAUACAGGAGCUGCCGGCGCCGCUGCAGCAGGCUGCGCUGCGGAAGGUGUGGUGCUACCCCGUGCAGUUCGCGCUGCCGGCGCCGCGGCCGCCGCUCGUCGAGCACUUUCUGGACCGCGACCAGGCGCUGCUGCGCUACCUCGGCGAGACGCAGGUCAUCAACGCCGCCUACCUACAGAAGCUGGAGUGCCUAUACCGAUACAGCUGCUUCGACGACAAGAAGUUCGAGCAGUUCCUCUCCCGCGUGUGGUGCGUGCUGCGGCGCUACGCGGCGUGGGUGGGCGCGGGCGGCGACGCGCAACUCGCACAGAUGGCGCUGCCGGUGCCCGUGCUGGAGUGCCUCCAUCGCUGUUUUGGUGUAACGUUUGAAUGCUUCGCGUCCCCUCUCGACUGUUACUUCCGUCAGUACUGCUCGGCGUUCGCCGAUACUGACUCUUACUUUGGAUCUCGUGGACCGUUCCUGGAGCUGCGGCCGGUGUCGGGGUCGAUGGUGGCGCACCCGCCGUACUGCGAGGAGCUGCUGGAGGCGGCACUGCGGCACAUGGAGCGGCUGCUGCAGGACUCGGCCGAGCCGCUCUCCUUCCUCGUCGUGCUGCCCGAGUGGCCCGAGCGGCACACGCACGCGCUGCACAAGCUGCAGGCCAGCCACUUCAAGCGCAAGCAGGUGGUGAUACCGGCUUUCGAACAUGAAUAUCGACACGGCUUCCAGCACGUGGUUCCAAAGAGCGAGGUGUACUUCCGGUGGGGCGGCGGCACGGUGGUGGUGUGGCUGCAGAACGCGGCCGGCUUCGCGCGCUGGGGGCCCACCGACGAGCGCGUGGAGGCGCUGCUCGACGCCUGGCGCCCGCGCGCCAAGCUGCGCUCCCCGCCGCCCGCGCCCGCGCCCGCGCCCGCCGACCCCGCCGCGCCCGCCGCACCGUCGCCCGCCGCACCGUCGCCCGCGCCCCCACCCCCGCCCGCGCCCGACAAGCGCCCCAACGACAAGGCGUAGGCGACGCUCCUGUGUGCGGUCCCGACUUGUAAAUUUCUAUAUACGCAUUGUGACGUGCCGUACAAAUUUACCCGUCGAGUGUAUACGGAUCUAAAAUCAAAUUUAAUCGACGACUGCGGUGAUCUCGAACGGUGAAACGGUCCUCUGUAAAAUUAUAAAAUCACGAGUGUGCUCGAUGCGAUGGCUCUGCGACGUGACGUCGGAAAUUAUAAAAAGCUAGCCGAAAUAUGGUACGAAAUUUAUGAUAAAAGCUCCGGACUUUAACAUGAAAUAAAUGUCCACUCGAAACAAACGAUGUGUCGCCACCGAUUAAAAGUCCCGUUUAAUAAUUUACCGUGUGUAAAAGUCGCGAAAUGGGUGCUUUAAAAUAACAUUAGUCACGCAUACAUCUUCAUUACGCCGUGGCUUGCGUGGGCGACGGUCGCGCGAUGGUCGCGCGACGGCGAUGCGACGCAUACGAAAUCAAACCUUAUCGAUAUAGAAGUAUGAGACGCGACGGCGACGGUCGCGCGACCGUCGCCCACGCAAGACACGGCGUUACUCUUCAACAAUGAAACUUACCAACAGUUGGAUAGUUGCAUCGUCCGAUUAUAAUCGUUUUUUUAUUUUUUUUUUAUUUGCCAGUCGAGGAACUUAAAUUUAUUUAGUUAAAUGUGUCUUCACUAAUAUAUACCUAAUUUCGGCUAGUUUUUAAAUCGUACAAAUUGUCAAAUGGUCGUCGUUUCCCAGACAUUUGAAGGGGUCAAGAAAGAUAUAAGAUAAGAGUUUUUCGAGUCAAAUCUUUAUUUUCCUUGUUCAUACUUCGCGCGAAGAAUAUCUGUAUAGAUAACUGCAUCAGAGGAAGAAAAUCAGUUGUACGUCAUGAUCUCAUUAUCAUUAUGCAAUACGAUCAAUAAAUUGUUUUUUUUUUUAAUAUCGAUCAGUUUAAAUUGGUAUCAGAGUUUUAUGUCCUGCAAUCCAAGAAAAUAAUUUAAUAUUUGAAAUUUAUGAUAAACUAUUUGCUAUAUAUAUGCAUUCAAUUUUGAUUUGAGAUGCCCAUUACCGUAAAUGAGGGCAAUAUCGAUCUUAGAAGAUUUACUUACAUAAAAUUGUAGAUGGCGCUGACGGUCCACUAGCAUUUAUUUAGCUUAAAUUUUGCAGACACCCUGAAUAAGGCUUCCCACAGACAGUCUUAAAAAUUCAUAAUCUUAAAAAAAAAUUGUAUGCAAAUUGACACUGACAGAUCUGUCAGUGUCAGUUUGAACUGUCAGAUUGCAUACAAGUUUUUUUUAAGAUUAUGAAUUUUUAAGACUGUCUGUGGGAAGCCUAACACAACCCACAAUAGCCCUUCAGCUUCAAUUUUACUUCAGGCUUGAAACUCGGAGUUACAAUUUUUACAAUCAAUACAAAUCACUGUAUAAAUUGAUCAAACCGUAAUCCAUUUUAGAUUUUGAGCAACUUUCUUUGGCCCCUUCAUAUGCUUAGUUAUAUUUUGUGUAGGGUUGUAAAAAAAGUGUUCUCUCGGAUUAGGAAAGAUGCUAUAUGUAUAGGUUUAUAUGUGUAUGUGGGUGGUAGGUGGCAUCCAAAUGCUACUUUCGCUUAUUAUCUUUGAUAUUGUACACACAAAAUGAAUAAUCGACAGAAUCUGAUUGCGGCACUUUGUAGAAUCUACCUACAAAAUCGAGUGUAUGUGUUUUUGUACAUAAAGAUAAAUUUGUAUCAUGUAUAUACAUAUUAUUUAGUUGUAAAGAUAAUUUCGAUUAUCAAUUUUUUUAGUUAUUUUAAGAGCCACAUCUCUGUUGUAUAGUUCGAUAAAUA